AUGUCCGUCUGCUACAGAAACCUGAGCUAUGGCUUAGCCGCGAUGCAGCCAGGUUCCUCCGAGUCUUCUUCCUGCCAGGCCCACCGUUGUGUGCCCAGCUGCUGCCAACCCUCCUGUUGUGUCCCCAGCUGCUGCCAGCCCACCUGCUGUGUCCCCAGCUGCUGUCAGCCCACCUGCUGUGCCCCCAGCUGCUGCCAGCCCACCUGCUGUGUCCCCAGCUGCUGCCAGCCCACCUGCUGUGUCCCCAGCUGCUGCCAGCCCACCUGCUGUGUCCCCAGCUGUUGCCAGCCCUCCUGCUGCACCUCUUCCUCCUGCCAGCAGCCCUGCCUUAUGUCCAUGUGCUGCAAGCCCAUGUGCUGCACACCCGUCUGCUGCAAGCCCAUCUGCUGCAAGCCCAUGUGCUGUAUGCCCGUCUGUUCUGGGCCUGCGCCCUGCCCUGUCCCUUCCUGCUGCCAGCCCACCCCCUGCUUCUCAUCCUGCUGCAGACCCUCCUCCUGCUGCAGACCCACCUCCUGCAUGUCUGUCAUCUGCCGCCCCGUGUGCAGGCCUGUGUGCAGGCCGAGCUGCUGCAUGCCCGUCUCCUCCUGCUGUGCCCGCCCCUCUUGCCAGUCCAGCUGCUGCCGCCCGGCCUCCUGUGUGUCCCUGGUCUGCCGCCCCGUGUGCUCCCGCCCGGCCUGCUGA